UUUUGGCUUGCACCUUUAAAUACUCCCUCGCAAAUUUCUAAUAUUUUUUAGAAUUAUUAAUAAUUUGAUUAAAUUAGACAGCUUAUUAUAAUUUACAUAGAAAUGUCUGACGAAGAGAGCUAAAUUAAUUUCGAUGAUGAGGAAGACAAUAGCGGAGACGCUUCUUAAGAAAAAUCAAAUUCUCAAGAUAUGGAAAACGAGGAUGAAGAUGAAGAGGAUAAUUCCUAAGAGGAUGAAGAAGAUAAUGAUGAUGAUGAGGAUGAUGAUGAAAAUGAUGAUGACGAAGAUGAUAAUUAGGAUGAUGAUGAAGAAGAUGAUGAAGAUGAAGAUGACGAAGAAGAAGAUGAUAAAAGUAAAUCUUAAGAAGAAGAUGAAGAUGAAGAAGAUGAAGAUAAAGAAGAGGAAGAAUAGGAAGAAGAAAAAGAAGAGGAAGAAGAAGAAGAGAUAGAAGUCUAACAAAAAAAAAAGAGAGGUCGUAAAUCAAAAGCUGAUUUAGAAAAAAUGCAAAAAGCCAAAACAGCUGCAGAAAAAUAGACAUAAUCUAAAAAGGCUGCAGCUGAAUAACCUAAAAAACCAGGAAAGAAAGGAAGGAAGAAAUAAAUAGAAGAAGAAAUAGAUGAAGAAGCAGAAUAAGAUGAUUAAGAUGAAGACAAAAGUGAUUAAGAUGAAGAUAAAGAUAGUAGAAGUGAAUAAGAAAGCAUGGAAGAAGAAGACGAAGAAAAUGAGGAAGAUGAUGAAAAUAAUAAUUAAGAAGAAGAUGGUUAUGAUGAGGAUGAUGGUGAUGAUAGCGAUAAAGAUGAUUAAGAUAAAGAGGAUGAGGAAGACGAAGAUAAAGAUGAAGAUGAAGAAGAUGAUAUGGAUGACGAUGAUGAUAAUUUAUCAGCAGGCUCUGACAAGAGUAAUAGAGAGAUUGAAGAAGAAAUGGAAGAAGAAGAGGAUGAUUAAGAUGGAUAUUAUUUAUAAACAGAUCCAAAUGCCUUUUAAGUAAUUAAUAAAGUAGGAAGUUAUAGUGUUAAUAUUUAUAGGCUUACAGAUUUUUAUAGAUAUUCUUCUAAGAAAGUGUAAAAACUAAUCCUAAAAGAAUUAAAAAUGCAUACUAAUAUGAGAAAUCGUGUCUAGAAAGAUAAUAGGGAAUAUAUUGAAAAGUAGUAAAAUUUUGCUGAUCGUCUUUUAGAAGAAUGGCGUACUCAUAACUAAAUUUAAUAAUUUGAUGAUUUAGUUCCAGAUGAGGCUAACGAAGAGGGUAACUUAGGAUAGCAGGCAUCUAUUUAAAAAUCAGCUUCUUAGAAUCAUCCUUAAAUUUAACAAGGUUUGCAUGGACAUCCAAGCUUUUAAGGAAAGUUGAACUAAAAUUAAAAAAUUAGUCACCACACUAUACUUAAAAAGAGUGAUUUAAAUAUUACUUAACUUGAAUCGGCGAUUUAUGAAGAUGCAAAAGCAAGUAAAUCAGAUUAUUUCCUUCACUUUAAUAAUAUAAAGCAAAGCUUUCAAAUAGUACCUUAAAUGAUAUAACGUAUUUACAAUCCAAUCUCUUCAAAUGAGUACUUCACUUAGCUAAGAGAUGAAAUGAUUAAAAAAAUUAUAAGUGGAGAGAAUAAAUUUGUACCAGAAGAGGAAGAAGAAGAUAUUAUUGAAGAUCUUUAUGAAAAAGAAUAUAUGAGAUUAUAUAAUGGUAUGAGAAAAGAUGCUAAGGCAAAAAGUUCUAGCAGCUAAUAAAAAAAAGAAAAGAAGUCUAAGAUGGAAGAAUUUUAAAAUUAAUCUGAUUUUAUAAACGAAGAUGAGGAUAACGAUUCUUACAAAAUGAAAGAUGAAUCUGAUAACAAUUUCUUGAUAAACGAUGAUAGCUAAGGAGAAAAUGAAUAAAGAAAAGGUAAUAAAAGUAAGAAAGAAAAAAAUAGUAAAAAGAAAUAAAAUGAUGAAGAUGAUGAUGACGAUUAAGACUCUGGUAAAAAGAAAAAGAAGUCUAAGAAAUCUAAAAAAAGUAAGAAUAAAGUGAAAAAGGAAGAAAAAAGAAGAAAGAAAGACAGUAAUGAUAGUAGUAUAAGUUUAGGUGAUGAUUCAUAUAAAUUAACUCCAAGUAGAAGUGAAAGCUUUUCUUAAAGUAAUAGUUCCUCUAAUGAAGACAAUAGUAAUGCUAGCAGUAGCAGUGGAGAUGAUAAUUCUUCAGGUUAUGGUGGAAGUGAUAAUGAUUCAGCAUCUGGCAAAAAAUAUAAAAAUUCCAAGAAAGGCAAUAACAGAAAAGAUUCAGAAUCAAUGGAAAUUGGUAGCGAAAAUGAGGGAAAAUAUAAGAGGAAAUAAAAGAAUGAGAAUAACGAUAAUGUAAAUAGUUAAGAAAAGAGUGAUUCUGUGAUUUUGAAUGCUAUGAGUAUCGAAGAAAGAGAAAUAUCGAGAGAAAGAAAUAAAAAUUCUGACAUUUAAAGUAUAAAUCUUCUAUAAAUUAAGCAAAAGAAGUACAAAGAGAAUUGCAUGGAUUUAGAAGAUAAAAAUUUUUUAGAAAAUUUCUUUAAAUUUGACUACAAUAACAAAAAGCUGAUUUAAAGUAAAAUUCAUUCUGAGCCUAAAAAUCAAUCCUUUUAGUUUAAAAUUGGUGAUGAAAUUGAAAAAAAGUAGAAUUUGUUUGGAGAACCUAUUGACAUGGAAUAGCCACCACCUUUCGCUCCCAACUCAAAAAUGUUCCGUAUAACUUAACAAGAAAAAGAUUUUAUUCACAUAGAGGAACCAAAAUAAGGAAAUUAUAUCAACAUUUAAAUAUCAAGCAACACAGAUAAGAAUAAAUAAAAAACAUAAGCUGAAAAAGAUAAAUAGAAAGAGUUAAAUUAGAUGUAAUAAUAAUAGUUUUAAUAAUAAUAGCAGGCAUUGUAAAAGGAUGGCAAUCCUGCUUUUAUUAACUAAUAGAAAAAGAAUUUGUUAGCUAAAACAGAAAAACUACCUAAAGAAACUUUUGUUGUAAAGAGACAUUUGAUUUCUAAAUAAUUUGAUUACUAUAACUCUGAACUACUAAAUUGUGGUUGGAAUUAACCAAAAGAGCACUAUAAUAAUAUUCUAAUUGAUUUAAAUGAUCCUCAAUUUUUCUUAGAAAAAGUAAACACCUUUUUCUCUACUUAAAAAAAAGAACGUAAAGAUGCUUUUUACAAAUGGGAUUAGUUGUAAAAGAAACUACACGUCGAAGAACGUGGAGAUACUACAUCAGUAAUUCCUAAAUCAAUAUUUUCUGGUUUACCAGAUUAAGUUAAUCAAGGGGUGUCUGAGGAUUAACCUUCUCAAUUCAUCGCUUCUUUGUAACAACAGUAACAAUAAUAUCCUGUUAAUCUAAAAACCUUCAUUGAAUAAAAGAAAAGAGAUUAAAAAGAAAUACCUUAAAAAUAUGAUCAUUCAAGAGUGGCUAAAUAGUUUGAAUUCAAUUAUCUAACACAAGAUGAAAAUGUAUUUAAAGACUACCACUACUGGGACUUAUUUUAAAAAAUCCGUAUUGCACAGCGACAAUUUGAUAAAUAAUAUUAAGAUUAUAUUUAAUAUUUAAACACUAUGUAGUCUUAAUAACCUGGAAUGCCUUUAUUAUAGUAGUAAUAAUCGUAAUCAUCUAAUACAAUUAGCAUAUCAACACCUAAAUUAGGUCCUUAGUAACCUUUAGGAAUGCCAUCAGCUACUGCUUUAGGAGGAAGUGGACUUAUACAAAUGUAGCUUCCACCUAUUCAUCUAAAUUCUUAAUAAUCAUAAGGCGGAUAACCUACUACACCUACUUCCACUCCUUCGAAUACUCGCCCUAUUGUCUAGCCAACUUAGAGUUUAAAUAAGAUAUCAAUAAAAAUGGCACCAACAACUAAAGAUACAAUAGUGAGCAUCCCUUUCAUGAAUUAAAAUGCUAAUUAGUAAGCACCUGGCGCUUAAUAAAAUCCUUCAAAUCCUACCCUUAUAACAAUAUAAAAUCCAUUAGCAGGAAAAAAUUAGUCAUCUUCAAUUAUAUCUUUGACUACAAACGCUUCCUCAGAUAAAAGUUCUUCUCUGUAAAAGGAUAGAAAAGAUAAAAAUAACUUAGAUAAAAUAAUGGCUCCUCAAAUAAUAGAUUAAAAUAAAUAAUCUAUGCCUCUUUAGAGAUAACCACCUAUAAAAAAUCCUAUGCUAAACGAAUGGAAGUCUAUUCCUAUUGGAAUGUAACCAACUGAUUAUUGUCUAAAAACAAUAAAUCCUGAUAUGAAAUGCUUAGAAAUUUCAGAAGAAAAAGUAGAAAGUUAUAACCACUUCAAGAGUAAGCGUAACUUAAGUCUAAAAAAAGACGUUGUUAUCAUGAUGGAAUACAUAGAAGAAGAUCCACUUGUGCUACAAAAUAUAGGUAUGAACAGUAAAAUCUUCCGUUAUGCUUACCAUAAUAGAAUAUUUAAAAAAAUUGAAAAUGACUCUAAGAAAUAAGAAACAUUAAAUCAAAUAAACUAACAAAGCUAAUUACAAUAGCAAGCUAAUGAGAGUAUGGAUUUUGAUAAAAAUUACAAAACUAUUGGCUAAUUCUAGAGCUACAUGCAUAGAAAGUAGUAAGAAGGAUAGCUUGUAGAUUUCGAAAAAGAAUUGUAAAAGUUUAAAUAGUAUAUUCAAGAUUAUCUUGGAGAGCUUGGUAGAGUUGUAUUUUAUGACGACAAUGAUAAAACUAACUUAUUCGGUUAACUGGAUGAUCAAGAAGAAGGAAAAGAGUCUCUAGGUAUAACUGUGCUUGAAAAUCAUUUAUUUAAAGCUCCGAUUUUCAAAUAAAGGUUACCUGAAACGGACUUUUUACUUGUUAGAUAGUAAGAAAAUGAUAAAUGUAAUUAUUACUUAAGACCUAUUGAAUAUGUCUAUGUAGUAGGAUAAAUAGAACCUUCGAAAUCAAUUUAUCGUCCUCGUUCAAGAGAUAUCACUCCUUACAUGAAGAACUGUAUGAAUACUUUUAUUAUGAUAAAAAUUUAGAAAGAAAAGAAAGUACAUUUCCAAGAUCUUUUAAAUAAUUUCAGUAAAAAUCUCACAGAAACAUAAAUCCGUUAAUAAAUUAAGAAGAAAAAUCUUAAACCUGAGUUAAAUAAUAAGAAUACCUUUGUUCCAAAAGACAAUGAUUAAGACUCGGAUAAUGAAAAUGCACAUGAUCCUGAAUUGACACCUGAACAAGCAUGCAUGUUUGAAAAAAUGCUUUCACAUGUAUAUCACCUAUCAAAUGAAAUAGGAUUAAAAGAGUUAAGAACAACUGAAAAAUUAAAAAACGUUCUUGCUAAAUUCUAAAGAGAUUACCCAGAGGAUAUUAAAAAUUAUACAAUUGCAAAGCUGAUAACAGACAAACUCUCCCUCACUCCAUGGUCACUUUCAAACAACUUUGCACAUGAUAAAUAAAAGCUUUACCUUGAAGGUCUCGGUGAUCCAACAAAUGGUCAUGGUGGUUAUUCAUUCAUUAAGAGACCCUUAAAGAAGAGAUCAGAAAAGGAUGAUAAAUAAAAUAAUAAAGAAGAUGAAAAACAAAAAGAAGAUCUGCGUAAAUUAAACAUCAGUGAAAUAAAUAAUAUUUUAUCGAAACUUGGAAUUAAUUUGGAUACAAAAAUUGGAGAGACUAAAAAAUAAAGAUGGGCAAAAAUUGAGUUAAUUAAGAAAAAAUUAGAUGAGAUCGAUCUUACUGAGAGAGAAGAUUUGUUGGAAUUAGCUAAGUUUAAAAGAAAAGAUCGUAAAACUGUAAAGGAAGCUGAAUAGCAUUACUAAAAAAAAAUAAACUCUUUAUUCCAUAUAUUAAUUUAACAUUUGAGCGAACAAGAUCCACCUGAAAUUCCAUAAGAAGUAAAAGAAGAUGAUGUAGAAUACUUACCUUUAGAUCACUACAUGGAAGAAGAAAAAAAGAUAAGAGAAAAGAAGAAGAAAUAAUUAAAAAUGCAAAAAUCUGCAACACCUGGAGAGGGCAACAUUGGAGAUCAAAUGGAUCAGAGCGAAGAAGAUGGUGAUGAAGAUGAAGACGAGGAGGACGAAGAAGAUGAAGAAGAAGAGGAACAAGGUGAUGAAAGCAUGUCUGAUCAAGGUUGA